CAGCGGGCAGCCACCUGGAGCGAGGAAGAUCUGAAGGGAGAAAAGCAAGAAGCAUGAGCGGGGCGAGUGGUUUAUGUAGUACCCGGCUGGAUCCGUCUGCUGCGCUGUGGGACUGGAACCGGACAUGGUAUGCCGAAACCCCAAGUUUUUCUUCAUGUUUCCAGCGCACUGUGCUGCUAUGGAUUCCUUGCAUCUACCUUUGGGCCUCCUUUCCUUUCUAUUACCUUUACCUUCGGAAAAGCUGCAGAGGCUAUAUUAGGAUGUCAGCUAUCUUUAAAGCAAAAAUGGGUCUUGGUUUUGCCUUGAUAUUGCUAUGUUUCUCAAGUACAUCUUACAUUCUUUGGGAAACAAGCCAAAGGAUUCCACGGGCCCCAGGACUUAUCACUACACCUGCAUUUCAGUUCGUCACAAUGAUCCUGGUGGUGUUUCUAACCCAAGUGGAACGACUGAAAGGCGUCCAGUCUUCGGGCAUUUUGCUGGUGUAUUGGUUACUCUCUUUCCUCUCUGCCAUGGUCUCCUUUAUCUCCACAAUACAACAUGCCCUGGAAGUGGGCUUCAGAGAAGAUCCCUUCCAACAUGUUACUACGUACAGUUAUUUCACCUUGGUCUUAUUGGAGCUCGUGCUGUGCUGCUUUGUAGAUCAGCUUCCUUUCUUCUCCAAAGUUCUCAAUGACACAAACCCGUGUCCCGAAUCCAGGGCCUCUUUUGCUUCCAAAAUCACAUUUUGGUGGCUUGCUGGGCUGAUCUGGAAAGGAUAUUGGAAACCGUUGCAAACAGAAGACCUGUGGUCGCUAGCAAAAGAAAACUCCUCUGAAGAGAUUGUUACCAAGAUUGAAGACGCCUGGGAAAAGAAUCGUGUAAGAGCUGAACAAUUAGCAGAAUCCUUGAAACUGAAAAGAGAGCGACCAAAUGGGGAAGAAGGAGAGGAAUCCACCAUGCUGCUUCAGCCAGAAUACAGCAGAAGCAAGCCACUGCUGAAAGCUUUCUGGAACGUCUUUGGGACUUAUUUUCUUCUUGGGACCCUCUGUUUAGUCUGCUGCGAUGUCUUCUUGUUUUUGAUCCCAAAGACGCUGAGUCUUUUCCUAGAUUUCAUCACUGACCCAGAAGCUCCUUCCUGGAAAGGUUAUCUCUACGCUACGUCAAUGUUCCUCUUGGCUUGUUUCCAGACCCUGUUUGAACAGCAGUACAUGUACAUGUGUCUUGUAUCUGGCAUGAGGUUAAAGACAGCUGUCACGGGCCUUGUUUAUCGGAAGAUCUUAGUCAUGUCACCUGCAGCCAAGAAAGCCACAACAGCGGGUGAGAUUGUCAACUUGGUGUCUGUCGACGUGCAAAAACUCAUGGAUCUCAUUAUCUAUUUUAACGGGACUUGGCUUGCUCCCAUCCGAAUUAUCAUCUGCUUCAUCUUCCUUUGGCAGCUCCUGGGACCAUCUGUUUUGUCUGCUCUCAUUGUAUUCUUAUUUCUUUUGCCGCUGAACUUUGCAAUCAGCAAGAAGAGAAGCCACUUCCAGGAAGCUCAGAUGAAGUAUAAGGACAGCCGGGCAAAACUCACCAGCACCUUUCUUGGUGACAUUAAGAUCCUCAAGAUCCACGGUUGGGAGGAGAUCUUUACGGGCAAAGUGUUGGCCACCCGAAACCAAGAACUUCGAGCCCUCAAGUCAUCUCAGUGCCUCUUCUCCGCCUCCCUUGCUUCUUUUCAUUCGUCGACCUUUCUGAUCUCCUUCAUCAUGUUCGCAGUCUACACGUUGGUGGAUGAGGAGAACGUCAUGGACGCCCAGAAAGCCUUUGUCUCGCUGGCCCUGGUCAACAUACUCCACACGGCUCAUUCUUUCCUUCCCUUUUCCAUGAACGCUGUCAUGCAGGCAAAAGUGUCCAUAAACCGUUUAGCUGCUUUCCUUUGUCAUGAAGAGUUGGAUCAAACAGCAACAGACCCUGGUGCUUUAGAUUGCACGCCAAAUUCUAUUAUUGUAAGGAACGGAACUUUCAGCUGGUGUAGAGAGAGCCCCCCAUGCCUAAAAAGGAUAAAUCUUAACAUACCCCGGGGGAGUCUCUGUGCUGUGGUUGGCCAGGUGGGUGCUGGGAAGUCCUCACUACUCUCUGCAUUACUUGGUGAGCUGCAAAGAACUGAAGGCUCUGUAGAGAUGAAGGGCACAGUAGCGUUUGUUCCACAGGAAUCCUGGAUACAAAAUGCCUCUGUGGAAGACAAUGUCACCUUUGGAGAAAAGAUGGAUCGGAGAUGGUACGACCAGGUGGUGGAAGCCUGUGCGUUACAGCCGGACCUGGACAGCUUCCCUGCUGGAAGCCAAACAGAAAUAGGAGAGAAGGGCAUUAAUAUUUCUGGAGGACAGAAGCAGAGGCUCAGCCUGGCUCGUGCUGUUUACAAGAAGGCAUCGAUUUACCUUCUGGAUGACCCCCUUUCUGCUGUGGAUGCUCCAGUCGGCCAGCACAUUUUUGAACAAGUCCUGGGGCCCAACGGCUUAUUGAAGAACAAGACUCGUGUUCUGGUGACCAACGCAGUCCAUGUUUUGCCCAGAGUGGAUCACAUUAUUGUGAUCACGAAUGGGGAGAUCUCCGAAACUGGCUCUUGUCAAGAACUUGUGGAAAGACGGGGAGAUUUUGCAGACUUCCUGAGGUCACACAGCACAGAAGCAAAAGAGGAUCAGGAUUUACAAGAUGCAGGAAGUGUUGGGAUUCUCCCUGCAGGAAGACACACUGCCCACUGGAGAAAAGGUGGAGAGCCUCCUCAGGCUCCGACAGAGAGAGGUGGAUACAAAACAACAGACGUGGAAAGAGGAGGAUUCAUUUCAGAAGGCGAGAAGCAGCUCGCCGGGAGGGCCAAGGCGUCAGUCUAUCUGAGCUACCUGCGAAUGGCUGGGUCUCUCACCUGGGGCUACAUUCUGCUUUUGUUCACCUGCCAGCAAGUGGCCUCAUUCUGCCGUGGCUACUGGCUCAGCCUGUGGGCCAAUGACCCUGUAUACAAUGGAACACAACAGCAUACGGAGCUUCGCAUAGGGGUCUUCUUUUUCCUUGGAUCUGCUCAAGCCAUUGGAAAGUUUGGGUCGUUAGCUGCAGUGUUUUUGGCCGGGACGCUGGUAUCCCGUAAGCUCUUCCGAGAUCUGCUCUGGGACGUCAUCCGGUCACCCAUGGCCUUCUUUGAACAGACCCCCAGCGGUAAUCUGAUCAACCGCUUCUCCAAAGAAAUGGACGCCAUUGAUUGCAUCCUCCCGGACAAGCUGAAAUCCUUCUUGGGGUUCUCGUUUCAUCUGCUGGAGAUCUAUGCCGUGAUCAUGGUUGCCACACCAAUAGCCGUGGUGGCCAUCAUUCCUCUGACAGCCUUGUAUGCCGUGUUCCAGAGCUUCUUCGUCACCACCUCCUGUCAGCUGAAACGCCUUGAAGCCACAAGCCGUUCACCCAUCUAUUCCAACCUUUCAGAGACCUUUCAAGGGAGCAGUGUCAUCCGUGCGUACAAGGCCCAGCGGCGUUUUAUUUUUCAGAACGAUUUCAAGGUGGACGAAAACCACAGGGCCUCUUUCCCUGCCGUGGUGGCUGACAGGUGGCUCGCCACAAACAUAGAAUUCCUAGGGAACAGCAUUGUCCUCUUUGCAGCUUUACUCGCUGUGAUAAACAGACCAUACCUCAGUCCGGGGAUUGUGGGAUUUUCCAUUUCCUAUGCUCUGCAGAUAACGGGCGUUCUGAACUGGAUGAUGCGAGCCCUGGCAGAAAUGGAUAACAGCAUUGUUUCUGUAGAGAGAGUGAGAGAUUACUCAAGAACGCCCAAAGAAGCUCCGUGGACUUUGGGCAGUGACCUUCUACGUGAGAACUGGCCCAGUGCAGGGACGAUUGAAUUUAGAGGAUACAGCAUGCGAUACAGGCCAGAUUUGGAGUUAGCGCUGAAGAAUAUCAAUAUAAAGAUCAACGGACAAGAAAAGGUUGGCAUCGCUGGAAGGACGGGUGCUGGGAAAUCUUCGCUCGCCAUGGGCCUGCUAAGGCUCGCAGAAGCUGCUGAGGGAGAGAUCAUGAUUGACCAGAUCAACAUUGCCCAAAUAGGGCUGCAUGAUCUGAGAAGCAAGGUUACUGUCAUUCCACAGGACCCAGUGUUGUUUACGGGUUCUCUAAGAAGGAACCUCGACCCCCUGAAUGAACACUCUGACGAUGAUGUCUGGACCGCUUUGGAAUUGACGCAGCUCAAGGGCUUCGUUUGGGAUUUGCCAGGUCGGCUGAGCUACGAGUGCUCCGAAGGAGGAGGAAAUCUCAGUGUUGGCCAGCGGCAGCUCAUCUGCCUGGCACGAGCUCUGCUUCGGAAAGCCAAGAUCCUGAUUCUGGAUGAGGCCACUGCCGCCGUGGAUCUGGAAACAGACCUCCAGAUUCAUUCCACAAUAAGGGCUCAGUUCGAAGACUGCACGGUUCUAACAAUAGCCCACCGCGUAAACUCCAUUAUGGACUGUGACAGGAUUUUAGUGAUGGACAAGGGUCGGGUGGCAGAAUUUGAUACCCCGGAGACAUUAUUAGCCCGGAAGGGACUCUUCUACAGGAUGGCUGAGGAAUUGGGGUUGGUAUGAGGACUGAGUUUGAGAAACAGGCUGUGGGGGCUCUUCGAAUCAGGAGGAGAACACCCACCUAUCAUCAACGCUGAUGACGACGGUUCCUCACACACAAAGCACUUUAUAUGGAAAGUGAUAACUCAGAGCGGGGAUGCUGAACCUCUUUCAGCCCCGGGGCCAAAUUUAAUUCUAGAGAAGCUCUCGGGGGGGGGGGGAAUUCUGAUGGUGGGCGUGGCCAAAGGCAAAAGAGGUGGGGCAAAAAGACGACAAAAGACCAGCAUGGUUUACCUUAAAGCGCUUAUUGCCAGAACCUAAGCCUUAGAGGCAUUUCUAAGAUGGGUGCGUGUGCAUAAAAUGCCUAUAUCUGUAUCUGCCUAAAAUUCAC